CCCGCCGAGCCGAGCAGAGGGCGGCGGCGGCGGCGGCUGCUGGAGCGGCCUCGUAGGAGGUGGCGGCGAGGAUGGCGGCGGCGGCGGCGGCGGCGGCGUGGGCGCGGUGGACAUGAGCGCCCGCGGCCCCAAGCCCAGGGCGGCGUGGCCGGAGUGGGCGGGGGUCCUGAUGCAGGCCCGAGGGGGGCCAUGGGGCAGGUCCUGCCGGUCUUCGCCCACUGCAAAGAAGCACCAUCUACAGCCUCCUCUACCCCUGACUCCACAGAAGGAGGGAACGACGACUCAGAUUUUCGGGAGUUGCACACAGCCCGGGAAUUCUCAGAGGACGAGGAGGAAGAGACCACGUCGCAGGACUGGGGCACCCCCCGGGAGCUGACCUUUUCCUACAUCGCCUUCGACGGCUUGGUGGGCUCUGGGACCCGCCGGGACUCAGUCGCCCGUCGCUCCCGACCCCAGGGCCGUUCAGUCUCAGAACCCCGAGACCCACCCCCACAGCUCAGCCUGGGUGACAGCUUGGAGAGCAUCCCUAGCCUGAGCCAGUCCCCGGAGCCCGCGCGCCGCGGGGACACAGCCCCUCAGAUCGAGCGCCCCCUGGAGGACCUACGGCUCCAGCUGGACCAGCUGGGCUGGGCCACCCGGGAAGAGGGGUCCCGGGAGGACUCCUCCACCAGUAGCUCUGCCCCUCUGGAAGACGAGGAGCCAGAAGGCCCAGAGGCUCAAGAGGCUGGGAAAGAACUGGACUUACAAGUUGGACUUGCUCGAUCUUCGCCACCUAAAGUGUUGACACCACAGCCCAGUCCGAGUUCUGGGACUCCCCAGGUCGGAACUCCUUCACCAGGAUCCCAGGAUUCCCACUCUUGGCCUGAUGAGCCCUUGGAGGAGGAGGAAGAAGUGCCCUGGCGGCAGGACCGGGAGCCAAUCACAGGGCAGUGCUUCGAUAGGACGGGCCAAUCAGAAUUCGCCUCGGGACUUCACCUUCUAGGUAAGCUUAAAAACUGGUCCUCUGGGCUACAGCAGGUUUCAGAGAGCCAGCCCUUUCUGGAAUGGUGCCCACCUCUAGGAAGAACCAUUGGCUGGGCCCUGAGGAGCCCGCCUCCCUCCCAGCUCCACCCAAGGGGGCCCAAACCCCAAGAAGCAGUGGUGUCCGCCGGUCUCUCACUCGGAGCAGAGAUGGGAAGCAAAGUGGCGGACCUGCUGUACUGGAAGGACACACGGACGUCGGGAGCUGUGUUCACGGGCCUCAUGGUCUCCCUGCUCUGCCUCCUGCACUUCAGCAUCGUGUCAGUGGCCGCCCAUGUGGCGCUGCUGCUGCUCUGCGCCACCAUCUCUCUCAGGGUUUACCGCAAAGUGCUGCGGGCUGUGCGCCGCGGCGGCAACGGCACCAACCCCUUCCAGGCCUAUCUGGACGUGGACCUGACCCUAACCCGGGAGCAGACGGAACAUCUGUCCCGGCAGAUCACCUCCUGGGUGGUGUCUUCGGCCACGCAGCUGCGGCAUUUCUUCUUGGUGGAAGACCUCGUGGACUCCCUUAAGCUGGCCCUGCUCUUCUACAUCUUGACCUUCGUGGGUGCCAUCUUCAAUGGCUUGACUCUUCUCAUUCUGGGAGUGAUAGGCUUGUUCACCGUCCCCCUGCUGUAUCGGCAGCACCAGGCCCAGAUCGACCAGUAUGUGGGAUUGGUGACCAAUCAGCUGAGCCACAUCAAAGCUAAGAUCCGCGCUAAGAUCCCAGGGACCGGAGCCCUUGCUUCGGCAGCAGCCGCAGUCUCCGGAUCCAAAGCCAAAGCCGAAUGAAAAGGGUGUCUCUGCCCGCGCGCGCGACGCCUGCUCCCAACCCCUGCAGCCUUCUGACCCCUUCCACAUCCCUUUCAUCCCUACUCUCACCCUGCCUCGGCCAGUUCCUGGCGGGUUUCAAAAUCACUCAGCCCAGGGACUUUGCAUCAAUCGCCUGCGCGGUCCAGACUACUUUUCCCAAGAGGCUCUGCUCUAAGAGUCCAGGAAAGACGAAGCACUUGGGCCGCGGGGCCUGCUGGGACUUGUAGUUGCCUAGUAGGGCACUUGCCCUGCACUUCAGAGGCCGGCCGCUGGAGGCGCCGUGAGGCGUCGGUGUCUCCUGGACGCCACUAGCCCCCAUGCUGGGGCUUUGCAUGGGGCCCAGGGGAGGCCUGAGCUUGGAUUUACACUGUAAUAAAGACUUAUGUGGAAAA